AUGCUAUACAGGUUGGAAAGAGUAAAUUUAAAGAGCAAGUCGGGGAUUACGAAGGUGGCUGGUACAUUGGUCUGCCUUGCUGGUGCAAUGCUACUAAGUUUUUACCAAGGCAUUGCCUUGACCAACACAUCGCACAAGACAUCAGCACCUAACGAAGAUUCCGGUCAUUCCGUUAGAGGCAAAUGGAUACUGGGGACUGUUGCUCUUUUCGCAGCGAUAUUCAGCUGGUCAUCGUGGUUCCUCCUCCAGACAAAAGUCAGUGAGAAGUAUCCUGCUCUCUACUCUGGCACUGCCAUCGUAUUCUUCUUCAGUUUCCUUCAAGUUUUAGUCCUAAGCUUGACGACAGAGAGAGGCUUAUCAAUUUGGGGGAUUAUUGGAUCUGGAGUUGGUUUGUUGGUAAUGUCAUGGUGUGUAGAGAAGCGAGGUCCUGUGUUCGCUGCUGCAUUCAGCCCUCUCAUUCAAAUUACGGUGGCUGUCAUCGGUGUCUCCAUCGUCCAUGAACAACUUUUCCUUGGAAGCAUUUUAGGAUCAGUCCUCGUCGUCGUUGGCCUUUACUUCCUUCUGUGGGGAAAGAGCGAGGAUGUUCGUAAUACCGAGGUGAUGCCGAGCCUGCAGAAAACCGAAGAUAUCCAGGAAUUGUUCCCAACACAGACUGCAUAACCAAGUUGGCCGGCCUAUUUCAGUUGUACGUUAUAGUCCUUCUUAUCUACUUAAUUCGAAGUAGUUUCGUCUUUCCAAAGUUUGAGCGUUCGUGCAUGUACAUAUUUUGGUAAUGAUCCC